GGGUUUGAGAUGAUGAUGGGUAGUGGCGUCGGCGUCGGCGGCGGUGGUGGAGGUGGUGGUGGGUUAAGCGAUUUAACGGCGGCGGACGCUCAUCGCGGCCAUCUGAAAGCUGAAAUCGCAACUCAUCCUUUGUACGAUCAACUUCUAGCUGCUCAUGUUGGUUGUCUUCGAAUCGCAACACCGAUUGAUCAACUUCCAUUGAUAGAUGCUCAACUUUCACAAGUUCCUCAUAUUUUAAGAUCUUAUGCUUCUCAACAGAUUCAUCCUAUUUCUCAUCAUGAUAGACAAGAACUUGAUAAUUUUCUGGCACAGUAUUUAUUUGUUCUUUGUUCUUUUAAAGAACAAUUGCAGCAACAUGUCAGAAUUCAUGCUGUUGAAGCGGUUAUGGCUUGUCGUGAAAUUGAACAGACCUUACAAGCUCUUACAGGAAUAAGUCCGGGCGAAGGAACAGGUGCUACCAUGUCGGACGAUGAAGAUGAAUUGAUGCUGACUGAUUUCUCGUUAGAUCCCUCCUCCGGUGUGGAGUCGCAUGACAUGAUGGGCUUCGGCCCAUUGCUUCCAACUGAAUCCGAGAGAACCCUAAUGGAGAGAGUUCGUCAAGAACUCAAGAUCGAGCUCAAACAGGGUUUCAAAUCGAAGAUAGAGGAUGUAAGGGAGGAGAUCAUGAGAAAACGAAGGGCGGGGAAGUUACCCGGGGACACCACUUCUGUUCUCAAGAAUUGGUGGCAACAACAUGCCAAAUGGCCUUAUCCAACUGAAGAUGAUAAGGCGAAACUAGUAGAAGAGACGGGAUUGCAAUUGAAGCAAAUAAACAAUUGGUUCAUAAACCAAAGGAAACGCAAUUGGCAUAGCAACUCUCAAUCCGCUACAACCCUUAAGUCCAAACGCAAACGGUAGAUAGAAUUCACUUAUCGAGCGGAUUGGUUUGGUCUAAAAAGGAAAAAUCAGGAAACAUGACUAGUUAUUUGAAGAUAUAUACUUCAAGAAAUUGGUAUUUUAGGUUUUGUAUCUUUCAAUGAUAAAUAGUGUUCACUUUUAACCACAUGGAAGAAAAAUGUACUUGUACUAUAUAGUAGUAGAAACUAGAAAGUACAUUUUUUAUAUAUUUCAUUUGUGGAGUU